GUUAUUCAGAGUACGACCAACAGACGAAUGAGUUGACGAAGACUGUAGAAUGCAGAAUUGCAGAUACUUUUGUUUCGGGGAAUAACAGUCAGAGAUUGUUGGUGGCACGCAGCGUUUCAUAAUAACAUCUCCAACUAGCAUCCGACUAUAUACUUAUAUCAGCUGAAAUAGUGCUGCUUGCAAUAGACAGUAAGUAUAUAGUUAUGGACUAUUCAGAUGUGGACAGUUGGAUUGAGAAGCUCUCGAAAUGCGAGCCCCUAACCGAAAAUCAGGUUAAAAGCCUGUGCGAAAAGGCCAAAGAGAUCCUAUCCGAAGAGUCAAAUGUACAACCUGUAAGAUGUCCCGUGACUGUGUGUGGAGAUGUGCAUGGUCAGCUACACGACUUACUCGAGUUGUUUAGAAUCGGAGGCAAAAGCCCUGACACAAACUACCUGUUUAUGGGUGACUAUGUAGAUCGUGGUUAUUAUUCGGUGGAAACAGCCACUCUACUUGUAUGCUUAAAAGUCAGACAUCAGAACCGGAUUACCAUCCUGCGUGGAAACCACGAAAGCAGACAGAUUACUCAGGUUUACGGUUUCUACGAUGAAUGCCUGCGAAAAUACGCCAAUGCCAACGUCUGGAAGUAUCUGACAGAUCUGUUUGACUAUUUACCGCUUACCGCCCUUGUAGAGAACCAGAUCUUCUCUCUGCAUGGAGGUCUCUCGCCCUCCAUCGACACACUGGAUCACAUCCGGUCUCUGGACCGCAUCCAGGAAGUGCCGCAUGAGGGCCCUAUGUGUGACUUGCUGUGGUCUGACCCGGAUGAUCGGUGUGGCUGGGGUAUCUCGCCGCGUGGGGCCGGUUACACAUUUGGGCAGGACAUCUCGGAGACGUUUAACCACCACAACGGCCUGACUCUGGUCUCGCGCGCACAUCAGCUGGUGAUGGAGGGGUACAACUGGUGCCACGACCGGAAUGUGGUGACUAUUUUUAGCGCGCCAAACUACUGCUACCGAUGCGGUAACCAGGCGGCGGUUAUGGAAUUAGACGAUAGCCUCAAGUAUACGUUCCUUCAAUUCGAUCCAGCCCCUAGAAAGGGAGAGCCUCACGUGUCUCGUAGAACACCCGACUAUUUCUUGUAAUCAAAUAAAGAGUAAUACGAGUAUGCAGUCUUAUAAAUAAAAGUUUUGUCUGAUAUAUCUUCUCUCGCAUUUGUAAUUUUUAUCCGCGUGAUCAUCCCGUC